UUACCGACGCGUGCGCACGUCAAGAUGGUGCCUCUCAUUUUGUUAUUAUUCGUUUACUUUGCAAACGGAGAAUUCGAUGCAGAUUGCAUAACACCAUCUGGUCUACCGAGCCACUGCGUUUCUCUCCACCAGUGCGAAAAGCUAAAGCCGCUGAUCAGAGGGCCGGCGGAGGAACGGGAGUCGUUGAAGAACUGGCACUGUGGCUUCGAAGGUGACGUUCCUACGGUAUGUUGUCCACCCACGAGCCCAAAAUCGCAAUGUUUCACGCCCCUCGGAAUGCCUGGAAUAUGCGUUGCCAAGGAAGCUUGUCCAAACAUCGUGGAGUUACUCAAACCGCCCAUUUCCAAAGAUAGUCUAGAUUUCGUCAGUAGAUCAAAAUGUAAAGGACCUUUCGAAUUGAGCGUUUGCUGCCAGGAACCUUCUAGAUUACCAGUACGCGCUGGCGACGACGAGGACAAAAUCCUUACACCACUAAACGACACUACAGAUGCGCCGAUAUUCCAAACUAGUAUCAUUACUGCUGUGACCGCACCAGACGUUUUUGUAACACCAAAUCCUAUCACCAUAGAUGACACAUCUAUCCCUGAUGUAGAUAAUAUACUACCAGUACCGCUUAGUGUUGGCGGUACGAAUAAGUUUGAUAAGCGCUGCAAAGAUGAGGGUAUACCUGACCCUAGUACCGGAUGCUGUGGGAUUGACAGCGCUGGUGGUAACAGAAUCUUCGGUGGCAACGAGACAGCUAUUGACCAGUACCCAUGGCUGGCCCUUAUAGAAUACGCGAACAAAGCUCUAAUGUGCGGCGGAUCGCUUAUCAGUAGACGCUAUGUACUCACGGCUGCCCACUGCCUCGUGCGUCACGAUUUAAAGAAGAGAGAUGCAGUAUCAGUUCGUCUCGGCGACUAUAACGUUACCAACCCUGGUCGCGACUGUGUAGAAGUUGACGGUGAUGGUAUUGAUUGCAAUCUCGACCCUGUUACUAUAAGAAUAGAGCACAUUAUCCUGCAUCCAGAUUACAAGAGAGAGAAGACGGUUAUGGAAGCCAAUGAUAUCGCGUUGAUUCGACUUCGACAAUCUGUAGUUUAUACUGACUUCAUCCGACCAGUCUGCCUGCCGUUCACCGACUUCCUCACCCCGACUCCCCGCGAAUUGUACCUGUAUGCGGCUGGCUGGGGAGCUGUCAGUGAAACCGUUUCCACCAGCGAUGUGAAGUUCCACGUUGACUUGCCGUAUACUGAUCCCAAUGUCUGCACGAAGCUCUAUUCAAUCCGUAGCAAGCCUAUAAUCUGGGACAAACAGAUAUGCGCCGGCGGCGAAGUGGGCAAAGACUCUUGUAAGGGAGACUCCGGAGGGCCUCUAAUGCGAGCUGACGAUAAGACCUUCGAAGUGGUGGGGAUAACGAGCUUCGGGAUCAAACAGUGCGGGAACCAGGGUCGACCCAGCGUUUAUACUAAGGUGUACGCUUAUAUGGAUUGGAUAAGGAGUGAAGUUAAACCGUGAUAUACAAUAGAAUAGAAUAUUUAUUUAUAAAAUAGGUUAAGAUGGUUGUAUUGUUUUGAGUUUUAUGAACAAAUAUAAUGUAAAAGCCAAGGUUAACUUUUGAAAAAUUUUUAUUAAGUGUAUUUUUUUUUAAUAAUAAUAAAUGUUUAAAUAUACGAUUAUUUUUGUAUUAAACGUCGUAAUGCUUAACGAAAUGGUUCUUACUUAAGUAUUCAUUUUCGAACAGUAUUUUUAUACAAAUGGAGAUAAAUAUUGUAUAGUUUUAACAAUAACUAAAAUACUCAUUGUUUAUAUUAAGGUAUUUAAUAUUAAUAUCCAAGUAUUUCUUAAGUAUUCAUAGGAAUUACAUUAUGUUUAAUAAGAAUAUGAAGAGAUUUAAAUUAAUGACAAUUUAUUAUUCAAAUAAGCAUUUUUAUUUUAUGUUUGUAGUUAUGAAUAACGUGUUGUGAUUAUUUAUAAAUAUUAUGUACCUUGUAAAUUUGUUGUUGCUUAUAUUUUAAUGAAAUAGUCCGCCUUUACAACAAUUAUUGUAUUGCUGUUUAGCUGAUUAUACACUACUAGCUUACCGCCCGCGGCUUCGCCCGCUUUGUCUAAAACCUAAUAAAUUAUAUACUGAAACCUUCCGCUUGAAUCACUCUAUCUAUUAAAAAAAACCGCAUCAAA